GGUUUUGUUGCCCACUUUUUGACAGUGAAAGUGAAGACAACUGUGACUCUGUGAGUGCCAUAAAUGCUUGGUCUUGCAAAGGGAUUAGAAAUGUGUAGAAAGUGAGGGGAGGGUUUCCUCUUGUCCAAUCAAUUUAUUAAAGAUUAUAUCUGCUUCUUCUUCUUCUUCUUGUUCUUUUUGUUCUUCUCCUCAUAAGGUCCUCAGAAAAUUUGACCCUAGAAUUGACCCCAUCUCUCAUUCUCCUUUAAUGCCUUGAGCUCAAAGGUGACAUCUUUUUCUUCAUUCUUCAUCUUCCUUAUCUUUUCUUUUUUUUAUUUUUAUUUUUUUAUUACAGCUUAGCAGAACUUGAGGGUGGCAAUCUUUCUUGAAUCUUGAAUGUUGUCAUAGUGUGUUGUUGAAUGCUUUGAUCACUUUGAUGCUUUAGCUGAGAUUUGUGUUUGAGUUAAAUAUGUGUGUUGGGGCAGUUGAUUUGGUAUUCUUGAUUUGGUCCAUCUUGUGUUUGAUAUGUGUCUCCAAAGAAUAUGUCCCUGUGGAUAACUAUCUGGUGAACUGUGGGUCAUCUGAAAAUGUAACUGUGAGUGGCAGGGUUUUCUUGGCUGACACCUUGAAUUCUGGCAUUCUUUCAACCCCACAUAGGAUUUUUGCCAAAACAAGUUCAAAUCUUCAUGUUCCAUUUCCAUUCAACUAUGAUUCACCCUUGUAUCAGACUGCUAGAAUCUUCAAUGGGACCUCAGAGUUCAGUUUUCCUAUCAGGAAACCGGGCAGGCACUGGGUUCGCCUGCAUUUCUUUCCGUUUAUGGACCAAAAUUACAACCUGAGCUCUGCUAGAUUUUCUGUUUCAGCCCAGAAUUCCCAGAAUUUUACUCUUUUGAAAAAUUUCCAGCCCUCGAAUGCCUCAGUUCUUAAAGAAUACUCCUUCAACAUAAGUACCAACCGGCUGGUCCUCGUCUUUACCCCUGCUGCCAAUUCGUUUGGUUUUGUGAAUGCUUUGGAAGUGUUUUCGCUUCCUGAUGAGGUCAUACCUUCUGGUGCUGGGAUGAACAAUCCUCAAGGAAUUAGGCAGGAUCUGAGUGGACAUGCCUUGGAGACUAUAGCGAGAAUUAAUAUGGGAAUUGCAGCCGUGCCCCCUCAAAACGAUACCUUGUGGAGGGUUUGGGUGCCUGAUGCCCGGUAUCUAAGUAGCAGUAACCUCGUUCACUUUGUGUCGAAGAAAGAAGCAGUGAACUACACUGGAUCAGGGGUGACACAGAACAUUGCUCCCCCGCUUGUCUAUGAAACUGCAGAGAGGCUGGAGCAGGUGGAUUUCAGCAUCCGGUUUAAUGCAACCUGGUCGUUUACAGUCGAUCCAGGCUUUGAGUAUUUCGUUCGGUUCCAUUUCUGUGAUAUAGUAAGUAACUCCUCUAGUAGGCUCAUGUUCAAUGUUUUCCUCAAUUCGGGUAUUGUUUCUGCAAACCUUGAACUGAGAACUAAAAACGUCCCCUAUUACAUCGAUGUUGUCAAAAGGUUGGGCAAUGAUCGUGAUCUUAGCAUUACUAUCGGCCCAUCAGACGUGGGCAAUGUGCUUCCUGAUGGCAUCCUGAACGGGCUCGAGAUCAUGAAAAUAAGCAAUUCUAAGGACAGUCUCGAUGCAGCAGACUCCGAAAUUCAGUCCUCGAGUACUAGUUCCAAGGCUAAACUAUGGGCAAUUCUUGGAUCAAGCAUUGGAGCAUUCUGUUUGUUGGUUUUCGGUUUGGUUUCUGUUCUAGUUUACCGAAGUAGAAGAAGGGGGUCCAUUGACCGCUCAACCGGAGGUGAUGAAGUGAGUAAAUAUGCAGAAGAAACAUAUUCCAUCUCGAGGUCAAAGGUGUGGUAUCGCAUCCCUUUCAAGGCAGUUCAAGAAGCUACAGAUAAUUUCAGCGAAGAAAUGAUCAUUGGAAUUGGCGGUUUUGGGAAGGUUUACAAGGGAAUUCUGAGAGAUGGCACGAGAGUCGCUGUAAAGAGAGGGAAUCAUCAAUCGAACCAAGGCUUUUCUGAAUUCAUGACAGAAAUAGAGAUGCUGUCUAAGUUUAGGCAUCGCCAUCUGGUAUCGUUGAUUGGGUACUGCGACGAAAUGAACGAGAUGAUCAUAAUAUACGAGUACAUGGAGAAUGGAACUCUGAAGAAUCAUUUGUAUGGCUCGGAUCUUCCCAAGUUGAGCUGGAGACAAAGGCUUGAAAUCUGCAUUGGAUCUGCUAGGGGACUUCACUAUCUGCACACCGGUUCUGAGAAGGCGAUUAUCCAUAGAGAUGUGAAGUCAGCAAAUAUAUUACUAGAUGAGAAUCUCAUGGCUAAGGUUGCAGAUUUUGGACUGUCAAAAGACGGCCCCGAGUUUGAUCAGACUCAUGUCACUACUGCAGUGAAAGGAAGUUUCGGUUAUCUUGAUCCCGAGUACCUAACAAGACAGCAACUGACCGAGAAGUCAGAUGUUUACUCGUUCGGAGUUGUCAUGCUCGAAAUCCUCUGUGGAAAGCCCGUCAUCGACCCAUCUCGUCCCCGAGAGAACGUGAACUUGAUCGAGUGGGUGAUGAACACGCUAAAAAAAGGCGAGUUGGAAACUGCCGUGGAUCCUCACAUCAAGACAGGACUAAACCCGGAGUCCCUUCAAAAGUUUGCAGAGACAGCCGAGAAAUGCUUGGCUGGAUGUGGACUCGAUCGGCCCACAAUGGGAGACGUUCUGUGGAACUUGGAGUUCGCUCUCCAGCUCCAAAGAAAAGACGAGACGACUAGUCAGAACCACCACGACUGCGCCAACGUUAGCCAGCCCGACGAGAUCAGCACCUCCACCACGCAAUUCAGCAUCGGAAGCAUGGGGGACCUUGCUGGUGUUUCCAUAAGUAGAGUGUUCUCCCAAAUGGUAAAAGCUGAUAUGAAAGACUUGAAUGACAAGAUCUAGAAAACCAUUGUGAAUAAAACACAUUGCUUAGGAUGGUGCACAGAAAAAAUUUUUUAUAUUUAUGUGGUUGUGUACAGCAGAGUUUUAAGUAGGCUCCUAUAUACACCUUGUGUGAUGAUAAACACUGCAAGAUUGUAUAAUGUUUGGUCUGUUUGUAUGGCUAUUUUCUUUGGUUACAGUUUAAGGUAGAGAUCUCAGUGAUA